UAUAUAACCAACAUCCAGAAGUGCCAUUAAAGCAGUUUGUGAAUCUCUUUCGUUUGUUGAUUGUGGGUGCAUUUAAUUUAUAUUUAAUAUGCAAUAAUAUUUACAAAUACACUCUUAGUUUAUGGUUCAACUAGGAAAUAAUUACAAACAAGGAGCGUGUUUUGAUGAGUGAACAUUGAUUGAUAGACAUAUUUAAAUGGAAUCAAAAACUACCAGUAAAACAAGCUGCUUGAAGGCUCUUCUGCUCAGAGCUUGGAGGGAGAGAUGGUCUGACGUUCAAUGGGGCAUUUACAUAAAGACUGUACUACCUCGAGGAGUCAGUGGAGAUGUGUACAAUCUUGCAGAUUGUAUACUGCAGCAAGCCUUAGUUGGUUCUGGGGCCAAUCAGUUGGUUUUAAGCUACCUGAAACACUCCAUCAGUGCCCAACUUGUGUCCCAUGCAGCAGUUCUGUCCAGGCUAGCAAAGUUUGAUCAAUUCCAGAAGUUCCACUGCCUUAGUAGUCUACUUGAUUUCCUGGAAGGUAUCUUACCAGGAGCCACUUGCUGUGGAAAGUCAGAGGAGACUAAAUUGGCUGUGGCUCUUUUGGCCACCACUAUUUGGCUGUUGCAGAUUAUUCAGCAUGUUAGCGAUUUAAAGGAAAAGGCCACUGCUCUGCUUAGGCUAUUACUGGCAGACAAGUUCUAUGUUGCUAUGAUGUGCUUAGCCAGGUUUUGUGAUACAGACAUGUUCAAAGAGAUGUGCCAGGUUUGCCAUGAUUUGGAGGGAUAUGACUUGAAUGAUAUUCUGUUGGUGCUUCAAAGGAUUGAUCCUGAUUCGAUUACACCAAAAUUGGAAAAUGAUCCAGUGCCUGGGUCUCUCAUACAAGCCUGGCUGGCCAUUCAGUUGUUGAGUAAUCCUGGCACUUCUACUCCUCAUUUGGCACAAAGAUUGAGACUGCUGCAGACCCUGAAGAGGAUUAGUGAUGCGAGGCUAUGCAGUGAAUUGAUGAGAGGCAGCUUGAUCUGCUUGAAUGAUGUUAAUCAAACCCAGCAUGAGAGUCAGUGGGGCGCUUUUGCUUUCCUGAAAGUUCCUAAUAUUCUAAAUGAACUGCAUGUUGGUGAAAGCGUAGCAGCUGGAGUUGAAUUACUUUUACAGCAUUCUCCAUUAUUGGAUGCUAUGGACGCUCAAUCGUCGUGUUCGACUUUCGACUGCCUCCUCAAAGAACUGACCAAAGUUUGUUUACUCUCCGAAGGGCAAUCGCAGCAAUUAUCGAGCAGAAGACAUCCAACGUUCAGCCCUAAAUUGGAUACAGUCGCUGGUAUACCGAAAGUUAUUAUAUGCGCUGAGCCUACUUUGAACGGAAUCCUGAAAACUUUGUCGAGCGAUAAAAUUCAAGAUGCACUGCUUGGAAUGUUGCAUCAGGUGUUGACUGGAAAGAGUUUUGAGCUUAUAUUGGCUGUGGCUACAGUACAAGGACAACUCAAAACGUUAGUCCAGUUGCUGAUCAGAUUCAACGAGGGUUCCAAGCAGGAUAAGAAUAAAGCACAGCUGUUCGAUAUAAGCUUUAUUAUGCUGGUAGCGAUCAUUCAGAAAUAUGGAGCGGAUGCGGUUCUAGACGGGAACGGAGAUUCUUUGGUGGAAUGUUGGAUUAACUCGUGCAUGGUGGAAUCGACUAAACCUAAAGCCCCCGAACAACUACUGAGAUUGAGCGAUCCGGCUACGAUUGAGCUGCUGUUGAGACAAUUCAACGCUGGCGAAUCUGAUAUAAUUGGAAAUAGCAUCAAAUGGGGCAACAUUUUGUUCAGUAUGUCUGGAGUAAUGCGAGAGGUUUUGGUGGCAUGGGAACAAGGAGUCUUGGCAGCUGUAGACGUGAAGAGGAUCUUGGAUGCUGUCCGUGGUAAAAUGUGCUGUUUGCCAUUGGCAGCCGCAGCUUGGCUGUGCUCUUACAUGCGUGCAGCCCCUCACGACACUUUGUUGAAGCCAGUUAAUAUGGUACAGCAACUGCUUGCGCCUCUCGGUGACGAUGACAGCGAAAGAUGGCAAUUGACCUGUGAAAUUAUUAGAAAAAUGCAAAGAGACAUUCAGUUGCCACUUCAGCCAAAGAGCGGAAGGCAUUUGGUUUCUAAGCAACCGGCUGCGGAACAAUUACACAACGCGUGGACCAGUGCUAUCCAAAGAGGUUGGUUGGAUCACUCUUCAGCUAGAGGUAUACAUUGUCUCUUGGAAACAGCGGGCGCUCGAUGGCUGGUCACCGCCAUUCUGCAGGAGCUACAGCUAGUUCGGUACAAAGAUCGUCUGGAAAGAGGCGUCGAAAUUGCUUUGGCUUGUUUCCACGUUGAUAUAAGAGGAUGUACCAUCGAACUGUUAACCCACACAUUACCCAGAUUACUUUACAACAGCUUACAGACUGAUAAUCUGAUGGAACCACAGUUAUCUGCUGUCGCCAAACUGACCAGCCACUGCGUUUACGCGGCUUUAGAUAAAUCGACCACGGAUGAACAGCCUCCAGCCAAGAAACCGCGGACCAUGGAUGGAGUUGUAACCGCUCUCAAACAACUCUUGACCAGUUUCGAAUCACAUAUACAGGACGGCCAAAUCACCCAGCAGACGUACUUCACGUUUCAUCUGCUUCAGAAUCUUGUCGAUAUUCGAGCUGUCUCCAUAAACAGGAUCGUUUUGAGUGCAAUCUCAGCGACACUCGUCUCUGAUUUAUUGAAAACGCUUCCGGAACUCUUUACACCCAGCCUAUUGGUUAGAUUGCAUGAUUUGCAGACAUCGCAAGGAAGAGCCAGUAUGGCUAGAGAUCUGUGCAUUGUGAGGAAUUAUCAGUUGCGCCACAGCUCCACCAAUAAUAUUUAAAAUUUUAUUUAUAUUUGUACAUAAAUCUCAGUUAUUAAUGAAACUAUGUUAGUUUCCAUUUCUCUUUUAUAAAAAUGAUGAAUUAUAUAUAUAUGAAUAUCUAUUGAAAUAAA